AUGAAUAGUACAAGUAACUGAGAAGAGAAGAAAGUUUUAAGACGGAGGAAUUACUUUUUUAUUAGAAUGGAAUGAGACCAUAUGUGAACCAUUCAAAUUUGGUCAUCUCCUUCACCCUCGUGCGCGAAUCUAUCCAUUUAUCUAUCUAUUCUUCUCAGCUGCUAAACCUUCUACCGGCGGCAUAACAAUGGCGGGAAUGGUAGCUCUGCAGAGCUCGUUUACUUCUCUUUAUUUCUCGUCCAGCUCCUUCAUAUGCCAACGUCUCUCCUCCUCCGUGUGCUUGCCUCCUGUUAAAUCAAUUGAGAAACCUUUUCCUAUUGCAGCAAAGCUUAAGAGAUGGGAGCGCAAAGAGUGCAAGCCAAACAGCCUUCCUCUGCUACACAAACUGCAUGUUAAAGUUGGAGAUACAGUGAAAGUAAUAACUGGGCAUGAUAAAGGUAAAAUUGGAGAUGUUACUGAGGUUAUCAGGCAUAACAGCAAAGUCAUAGUGAAGGACAUUAACUUGAAGACCAAGCAUGUUAAGAGCAAGCAAGAAGGUGAAUCCGGACAGAUAGUUAAGGUGGAAGCGCCCAUUCACAGCUCAAAUGUGAUGCUCUACUCCGUGGAGAAGCAAGUAGCAAGCAGGGUGGGGCAUAAAACGCUAGACAAUGGGAAACGGGUUCGCUACCUUGUGAAAACUGGUGAGAUCAUAGACAGUGCCGAGAACUGGAAGAGACUACAGAAAGAGAAGGAGAAAUCAAAAGAAGAAAAAGAAGAAGAAGAAGAAGAAGAAGCUGCCCCCGCUUCUUCUUCUUCUUCUUCGUAGAACACUGUGUGGGGUCUUCUUGAGCUUCCUUCACUUCCAUCCAAUGGCGGCUGCAGCAUAUUCCAGGAGUGGUGUCACAAAACAAUGUUGAGUUUCUUGCUUUGAAGUGCUUGUAGUAGAUGUUUGUUUGAGACAGAUAGGUGUAGACAAAAAGGUCUCUUUUUAUGGAACAUAAACAUGAUGUUUCCAUUUACUUCGGGAAAAUGUUAUAUCUCUGAUUUUCCUAUCGAAUACUCAAAUAUACAGGCUCACAAAUAUAAUAUGAGUUAUACU